GUGGAGCGCAGUAGAGCAGGCGGAGGAUCCCCGGGUGGUGGCCACUGCGUUUUCAGACUCGCCGUGGGGUAGGAGGAGCCGUCCCGCCCCCAGACCGAGCCCUGGGCACCUGCAGGGCCGCGAAGGCGGUAGGGACGCACGGAGCGCCCGGCUCUGACGCUAGCCUGCCUGCACCUCCUCCCCAUACCUGAGCGGGGAGCGGCGGAGCACUGCUUGCUUCCCCUCCUCCUCCUCCGUUGCUGCUGCUGCUGCUACUGCUCCUCCCAGCCUUAGUUCUAACUCCAGCCCGGCUGCCGCCCCGAGUAAAGGUCGCUGAGGAGAGAGGAGCCAGGAAGCGGAGUCUCUAGUGACCAGGAGGGGAGAGUGGGGGUGCGACUUUAAAAAAAAAAAAGAAAAAAAGAAGGAAAAACUCUUUGCAAGAGCAGGAAGAUGGCGCCAGACGGGCAGCGGCUGGUGUGAGAGCCACCCAGGGCAGCGAGUAGCACCGGGAGCCGGGAACUAUCCUGGAGAGGGGGACUGGGUCCCUAGGAGCGAGGGCUGAGCUUCCAGCCGCACCUCCGGGCUCGUCUGCUGCGCCGACUGGGUCAUGUCGGUCAGCGAACUCUACAGUCAGUUCACAAGGGUUUGGAUCCCUGACCCUGAUGAAGUAUGGCGAUCAGCAGAGAUAGUCAAGGACUACAAGGAGGGUGAGAAAAUUCUCCAGCUGAAACUUGAAGAUGAAACUGUCCAAGAAUACCCCGUUGAUCUCAGUUCCAGCCAGCUUCCCUUCUUACGAAACCCAGAUAUCCUGGUGGGAGAAAAUGACCUAACAGCUCUUAGUUAUCUUCAUGAGCCUGCUGUUUUGCAUAAUUUAAAAGUCCGGUUCUUGGAGUCAAACCAUAUCUACACCUACUGUGGUAUUGUACUUGUUGCCAUCAACCCCUAUGAGCAGUUGCCAAUCUAUGGACAAGAUGUCAUCUAUGCUUACAGCGGCCAAAACAUGGGGGACAUGGACCCCCACAUCUUUGCAGUAGCAGAAGAAGCUUACAAGCAGAUGGCAAGAGAUGAAAAGAACCAGUCCAUCAUAGUAAGUGGGGAGUCAGGAGCCGGAAAGACAGUAUCAGCUAAAUACGCCAUGCGAUAUUUUGCCACAGUUGGGGGCUCUGCCAGUGAAACCAACAUUGAAGAAAAGGUUCUUGCUUCCAGCCCCAUCAUGGAGGCCAUUGGAAAUGCUAAAACCACUCGAAAUGACAACAGUAGUCGCUUUGGAAAGUACAUCCAGAUUGGAUUUGAUAAGAAGUACCACAUCAUUGGGGCCAACAUGAGGACCUACCUGUUGGAAAAGUCCAGAGUUGUCUUUCAGGCAGAUGAAGAAAGGAAUUACCACAUCUUCUAUCAGCUCUGUGCAGCAGCCAGCCUUCCAGAGUUUAAGGAACUUGCACUCACAUGUGCCGAGGACUUUUUCUAUGUCUCUCAGGGAAGAGACACAGCUAUUGAAGGUGUGGAUGAUGCAGAAGACUUUGAAAAAACCAGGCAGGCCUUCACUCUUCUUGGAGUGAGAGAGUCCUAUCAGAUAAAUAUUUUUAAGAUAAUUGCUUCUAUCCUGCACCUUGGAAAUGUGGAGAUUCAAGCAGAACGCGAUGGAGAUUCCUGUAGCAUAUCACCCCAGGAUGAACACCUCAAGAAUUUUUGUCAAUUGCUGGGAGUCGAGCACAGUCAGAUGAAACAUUGGCUGUGCCACCGCAAACUGGUCACUACCUCUGAGACCUAUGUCAAGACCAUGUCCGUGCAGCAGGUGGUCAAUGCCAGGAAUGCAUUGGCUAAAUACAUCUAUGCCCAGCUGUUCAACUGGAUUGUGGAGCACAUCAAUAAAGCUUUCCACACCUCCCUCAAGCAGCACUCCUUCAUUGGCGUUCUGGACAUCUAUGGAUUUGAAACAUUUGAGGUGAAUAGCUUUGAACAGUUUUGUAUCAACUAUGCAAAUGAAAAACUCCAGCAGCAAUUCAACUCGCAUGUCUUUAAACUGGAACAAGAAGAAUAUAUGAAGGAACAAAUCCCAUGGACUCUCAUUGAUUUUUAUGAUAACCAGCCUUGUAUUGAUCUAAUAGAAGCUAAACUGGGCAUCUUGGACCUGCUCGAUGAAGAAUGCAAGGUUCCCAAAGGCACUGACCAGAACUGGGCUCAAAAAUUGUAUGACCAGCAUUCCAGCAGCCAGCACUUCCAGAAACCCAGAAUGUCCAACACAUCCUUCAUUGUCCUUCAUUUUGCAGAUCAGGUGGAGUACCUCUCAGAUGGAUUUCUAGAGAAAAAUAGAGACACUGUGCAUGAAGAACAAAUCAACAUCCUGAAGGCCAGCAAGUUUCCACUGGUGGCUGACUUAUUCCAAGAUGACAAGGACACAGCACCUGCUCCUUCAUCUGGGAAGGGGGCAUCUUCGAAAAUCAAUGUCCGUUCUGCUAGACCUCCCAUGAAAGCUCCCAACAAGAAGCACAAGAAAACCGUGGGGCAUCAGUUCCGCACCUCCCUGAACCUGCUCAUGGAGACACUGAAUGCUACAACGCCCCACUAUGUGCGCUGUAUCAAGCCCAAUGAUGAGAAGCUUCCCUUCCACUUUGAUCCAAAAAGAGCAGUGCAGCAGCUCAGAGCCUGUGGAGUAUUGGAGACCAUCCGUAUCAGUGCAGCUGGUUAUCCAUCCAGGUGGACCUAUCAUGACUUCUUCAACAGAUACAGAGUGCUCAUUAAAAAGAGAGAGCUCUCUAACACUGACAAAAAGGCUAUCUGUAAAAAUGUCCUGGAGAACCUCAUCAAGGACCCAGACAAAUUCCAGUUUGGCCGCACCAAAAUCUUUUUCCGGGCAGGCCAGGUAGCAUACCUGGAGAAACUACGGGCUGACAAGUUCCGAGCAGCCACCAUCAUGAUCCAGAAGACUGUGAGGGGCUGGCUACAGAAAGUGAAGUAUCGCAGGUUGCGAGGGGCCACCCUAACCCUGCAGAGGUACACGCGGGGCCACCUUGCACGCCGAUUGGCUGAGCGCCUGCGGAAAACCAAGGCAGCCAUUAUCAUCCAGAAACAGUACCGAAUGCAGAGGGUCCGGCGAGCCUAUAAAAGGAUCUAUUGGGCUACCAUCACUAUCCAAGCCUUCACCCGAGGCAUGUUUGUACGGAGAGCCUACCAUCAGAUCCUUUUGGAACACAAGGCCACCAGGAUCCAGAAACAUGCCCGGGGUUGGAUGGCCAGGAGGAGAUUUCUUCAGUUUCGGAGCGCAGCCAUCGUCAUCCAGUGUGCUUUCAGGCGCCUGAAGGCUAGGAGAGAGUUGAAGGCUCUCAAGAUCGAAGCCCGCUCUGCUGAGCACCUGAAGCGGCUCAAUGUGGGCAUGGAGAACAAGGUGGUUCAGCUACAGAGGAAGAUCGAUGAUCAGAACAAAGAGUUCAGGAGCCUGACAGAGCAGCUCUCCACCGUGACCUCUGCCCACAACAUGGAGGUGGAGAAGCUAAAGAAGGAGCUGGUGAGGUACCAGCAGAACCAGGGUGGGGAUGACAGCCAGCGGCUGAGCCUCCAGGAGGAGAUUGAGAACCUCCGAGCAGAAUUACAGAAAGCCCACUCAGAGAGGAAGAUCCUUGAAGACAUCCACAGCCAGGAGAAGGAUGAGCUGACCAAGCGAGUAUUGGACCUGGAACAAGAGAACGCUCUUUUGAAAGAUGAAAAAGAAAUGCUUAACAACCAGAUCUUGUGCCAAUCUAAAGAUGAAUUUGCCCAAAAUUCAGUAAAGGAAAAUCUCCUCAUGAAGAAGGAUCUGGAGGAAGAACGGUCACGCUACCAAAACCUCGUGAAGGAAUAUUCUGUCCUGGAGCAAAGAUAUGACAACCUUCGGGAUGAGAUGACCAUCAUAAAGCAAACCCCAGGUCAUAGGCGAAACCCUUCGAACCAGAGUAGUUUAGAAUCUGACUCGAAUUACCCAUCAGUUUCCACAUCUGAGAUUGGAGAUACUGAAGAUGCAAUCCAGCAAGUGGAGGAAAUGGGUUUGGAGAAGGCAGCUAUGGACAUGUCUGUCUUCUUGAAGCUACAGAAGAGAGUUCGAGAGCUAGAGCAGGAAAGGAAAAAACUGCAAACUCAGCUUGAAAAGAAGGAGCAACAAGAAAACAAGAAAGUCCAGGUGGUUGAAUCAAAGAAUGGAACAGAUGCAGACCAAGAUGCUGAUCUGGCCUACAACAGCUUGAAGAGACAAGAGCUGGAGUCAGAAAACAAGAAACUGAAAAAUGAGCUGAAUGAGCUGAGAAAGGCAGUGGCCGACCGUGCCACACAGAACGACUCCAGCCAUGAGGUCCAGGACAGCUAUGCCCUCCUUCUGAACCAGCUCAAGUCAGCCAAUGAGGAGCUGGAGGUCCGCAAGGAGGAGGUGCUCAUCCUCAGGACCCAAAUUGUGAGCGCGGACCAGAGGAAGCAUGCUGGCAAGAGCAUGGAGCCCAAUAUUAAUGCCCGGACUAGCUGGCCCAACAGUGAAAAGCAUGUGGACCAGGAGGAUGCCAUUGAAGCCUAUCAUGGGGUCUGCCAGACAAAUAGCAAGACUGAGGAUUGGGGAUAUUUGAAUGAAGAUGGAGAACUCGGCUUGGCCUACCAAGGCCUAAAGCAAGUUGCCAGGUUGCUAGAGGCCCAGCUCCAGGCCCAGAGCCGAGAGCAUGAGGAAGAGAUGGAGUCUCUGAAGAGCCAGAUCGAAACCUUGAAGGAUGAGAUGGACAAGCAGCAGCAGACCUUCUGCCAGACACUCCUGCUGUCUCCAGAGGCCCAGGUGGAGUUUGGUGUCCAACAAGAAAUAUCCCGGCUGACCAAUGAAAACCUGGACCUCAAAGAAUUGGUAGAAAAACUGGAAAAGAAUGAGAAGAAACUGAAAAAACAAUUGAAAAUUUAUAUGAAGAAAGUUCAGGAUCUAGAAGCUGCCCAGGCCCUAGCUCAGAGCGAGAGAAAGCGACAUGAACUUACCAGACAGGUCACAGUCCAAAGGAAGGAGAAGAACUUCCAGGGGAUGCUGGAAUACUACAAGGAAGAUGAACCCCUCCUCAUUCGGAAUCUGGUGACAGAUCUGAAACCCCAGACGCUGUCCGGCACCGUUCCCUGCCUCCCCGCUUACAUCCUCUACAUGUGUAUCCGGCAUGCGGAUUAUGUCAACGAUGACCUCAAAGUUCAUUCCCUGCUCACCUCCACCAUCAAUGGCGUCAAGAAAGUCCUAAAGAAGCACAAUGACGACUUCGAGAUGACAUCCUUUUGGUUAUCCAAUACGUGCCGUCUUCUUCAUUGCUUGAAGCAAUACAGUGGGGAUGAGGGCUUCAUGACCCAGAACACCCCCAAACAGAAUGAACACUGUCUUAAGAAUUUCGACCUCACCGAAUACCGCCAAGUCCUGAGUGAUCUCUCCAUCCAGAUUUACCAGCAGCUCAUUAAGAUAGCAGAGGGCAUGUUGCAGCCAAUGAUAGUGUCUGCCAUGUUGGAAAACGAAAGCAUUCAGGGUUUGUCUGGAGUGAAGCCAACAGGCUACAGGAAGCGGUCUUCCAGCAUGGUGGAUGGUGACAAUUCCUAUAGCCUGGAUGCCAUCAUACGCCAGAUGAAUUCCUUUCAUAGUGUGAUGUGUGACCAGGGCCUGGAUCCUGAGAUCAUUCAGCAGGUGUUUAAGCAGCUCUUCUAUAUGAUCAAUGCUGUAGCCCUCAACAACCUCCUUCUGAGGAAGGAUGUCUGCUCUUGGAGCACAGGCAUGCAACUCCGGUAUAAUAUCAGCCAGCUGGAGGAGUGGCUUCGUGGAAAGAAUCUCCACCAGAGUGGAGCAGCAGAAACGAUGGAGCCUUUGAUCCAUGCAGCCCAGCUCCUGCAAUUAAAGAAGAAAACUCCCGAAGAUGCUGAGGCCAUUUGCACCUUAUGCACCUCCCUCAGUACACAACAGAUUGUCAAAAUCCUCAAUCUUUACACUCCUCUGAAUGAAUUUGAGGAACGAGUGACAGUAGCCUUCAUUCGAACAAUUCAGGCACAACUUCAAGAUCGAAAUGACCCUCAGCAGCUGCUAUUAGACUUCAAGCACAUGUUCCCAGUCUUGUUUCCAUUUAAUCCAUCAUCUCUGACCAUGGACUCCAUUCACAUCCCUGCGGCUCUCAACCUGGAGUUCCUCAAUGAAGUCUGAAGAAGACAGAUGUUCGCCUUCUUGGCUCCAGUCCCAAUGAGUUCGAGCAAAAAGACGACAAUGACGGAAAUCAAAGGACAUACUGAGUGUGGUAAAAGUGGACCAAGCCAGAGCUUAAGAACCUGGGCAAAGUGCUGAACUGUGCAGUAUCAGGCACAUGUCUUCGAUGUGAUGAUCAUUUUUUUGUAUUCUGCAGCUCAGAAUAAGAAUACUUGAAAUACAGGGUUGUUUGGGGUUUUUUUUAAUAGUUUGGCUUCAAAUAAAUGAGUGUGCAGCCCAUAGCAAUUUAAACAGUGUCUUCCCCAGUGCCAUAGUCAAUGGACUAAUCUUGUCAAGUGGACAUUGACCAACUUUUUGAUCUUCAUUACGUGGCUAUUUAAUGAUUAAAAAUUAGACAUCGAAACUGCCUUCAGGGAGCUUCUAACGAAUACUGAUACUGACCAUUGUGAGGUUGGCACACGUUCCCAUUUCCAUUGUUGUAGGAAGGAGGGGAAGUGAUGUUGAGGGUUUGUGGUGAGGUUUUUGGAGAACAGGAUGAGUUUGCCCACCUUUCCUAAAGGUAUUGGUGUGCCUGGAACUACAGAGGCAGUCCUGGUAAAGGUGGCCUCCUCAUACUUUCCCCAGUCCUUAGUAGAAUUUUGAUCUUUGGAGCCAAAAUGUCAGAACAGCCCAGUCCCCUUUAUGUCCAAAUAUGACUUCUGGAUCUCGGUAUUUAGGAAGAGUUAUAUUAAAACUGCUAGGUGUCCUUGUCCUUAGGUGAUGACUGGCAAGGUAACUAUGAGGGAAGAUGUUCUCAUGUCCAAAGCUAGUUCACAGUGGCUGCAUCCAGACCAGGCACUAUUUUUAUGUACCCAAUUUCCUCAAGUUAUGGAAUUCUAAUUACUAUUAUCUCUUAAAUCAGUAAGAAGACUCGGAAUCCUAAAAUGUUAUUUCUCUAUCCUCUAAUAGGACAGGAGACCUCACAGAUAGGACUUUAUUAUCAUUUCAGCAGCCUGUAGGCAGUUCAAUCCCUUCUCAAAAGGAGAUUUGUUAGAGUGGUUUAAAAAUAUAAAAAUAAAGAACAUAGCUUUGGUUUUUAACUUAGUCAGAUACUUCAUUUUUUUAAUUCCACAAAUAUCCAGUCAAUAUCUGACAUUCAUUCAUUCAUUUCUGUUUGUUUUAAACAUCUUUCAGUUAUUGUGUGAAGAAGAAUAUGAAAUCUCCCUGUUAGAAAGUAAGAGAAUAGAAUUCUUGUGUUUUUUUCACUUUACAAGUUUUUUUAAUAUGAUAAAUGAACAUUUUUCAGAAAUAUCUAUUUUGAAAAUUCUACCUGACCUCUUGUACUAUAUACCCUUAUUUACUGUCUUCAUCUGUAUUUCCCUUCUUAAAAAAAGAAAAGAAAAAGUCCCUUAAUAGUGAUAUUAUGAAGAAGGCAUAUUGCCAUUGCAGGAUAUUAUAGUUUGGUAACCACAAAAUAGUCCCUCUUCCUGAUUCUUAACAGGGAAGUAAAUUAUCCCACAAAUUGCCAGUUACAUGGCCCCAUUAUUCUUAACUCCACAUUCCCUCGGAAGCCUACGACAAAAGGCCCAUGGGACCUGGAAGCAGAUGAAGUCCUCUUUCCUUCUUUCCUUACCCCUCGCGUCCCUAGCAAAUGCUGCUUUCCUUCAGCCUGGCCCGCACCUCCUUCUCUUCCUGCUUUACCAUCAUCUUCAUUCAUUUGGUCUCAGAACAGCAGAAUGCUCCACCCUUGUUAUACUGACAACACUUUAUUAAGGUGGCCACCUCCUCUUCCACAACAAACUAACUUGUUUGGGUGUCUCUGCUGAGUUAAAGCUGUUUCUGAUUCACUCAUAGUUACGUAUCGAUGAUAAUAUUUCUGGCAUCAUCAAGUUUCAUUUUCAGUCAGUCUGAAAGUGGCACUUCGGUGGUUACCUCCUUAAGGACUGCAAAUGCAUCAUGUAAUGACUACGUGGCACUUUAGUUUAAAACUAUUCCUAUAGGUUGUGGGCCUUCAAGAGAAGAGAAAGCAGCUCAUCAAAGACUCCAAGAGUUGGAAGACACCUUAGAUAUCACUUAGUCCAGCCUUCUAGUCAGUGCAGGACACAUCCCUGAAAACUAGCACAUUUACGUGGUCAAGCCCCUAAAGCCAAGCACUGGCUUUCACCCUUCCUAUCCCCAGUGUAUGCUCUCAUGCACACAUCUCCUUUCCAUAUUGGGCAGGACUUGGAGACUCUUUGAGCCAGGGCCCCACUUGAUCUUUUGCAUCUCUGGGCUUUGUUAGCUCGAGUACAAGUGGCACCCCAUGAGUUUUUCAUGCUAACCAUAAGCUUCCUUCUGUCCACUCAUCAGACAGGGAAAGAUUUUCAUUUUCUAAAGAAAAAGGUGUCUAUAAAGGCAAGUACUGCCAAUCAUCCUCAAUCAUCUUCUACUGUCAGUUUUCUCAGAUUGUUUAGGUGCCCAUUCUUAGUCAAUCCCAGAGGCAACCACAGAUUUGCAAUACAUAAUGCUUUGCCAUUAGAAUAAAAUGGAAAUAAGCUACUGAAGGUUUCCCCACACACACAUAGAUAUUCUAACUAAUCACAGAUUUUAUUCUAAUUUUUUCCCUAAGGGGUUAUGAUAUUUUGUGGGAGCUGUAAAGAAUUUAAUUUAUAUGUAUUAUAUUUUUUAAAAAACAUAAGAUUUUUAUAGAACAUUAGUGUGGACAUAUAUAAAAAUUGGCUAUUUAAUGUUUAAGUCUGUAAUAUUUAACUUACCACUCAGUCUGUGCUUAGAAGAUUCAUGAGUAUUUUUAAUGUAGGCAUCUUUUGUUAACUGUUUUUACUCCCUCCAUUUAAAAAGCUCAUCAAAUACAACUUUAUUCAUUCAAACAUCCCCAAUUCCAUGGAAAUCAGAAUGGCGUUUUGAUUUCAGAAUGUAGUUCAAUUCGAUGAUUGAGAUCUCUAUUUGUUACUAUCUCCAAUGAGCACCUUUCCCACCCUGUGCCUUCAGCUGUUGUUAAGCUCAGUUGAUAUUUCCCUGGAAUAAGCAUUAUUGUGGGAAGAAUUUUAGCAUUUCAUAUGACACUGUGGUGGAUUUAUGAUUUUUCCAAUGACACAUUCUGGAAUAUUUUGAAGAUCACAGAAAAAAAAAACAAAAACAACAGAUCACAUUACUUGUAGGUUGAUGGGCUUUUAAAGGAUUAUAUGAGAACUAUCUGGUUAUAUUCAAUUAGUUGUAUGUCCGUAACUAAUCCUUUCUGACUUUGUCAAGAUAUCUUUUUCCUGACGUGUUCUAUCUAGUUUGUCAGUUGUUUACAGCAUUUGUAGAAACAGCUAGGCUGUUGCAAUACAGAAAUGUACAUAGGGUUCUUUUCCCUUUCCUUGGGGCAUGUCAAUAAUAAUGGCUCCUUUGGAAUUUCUAAUCCUGAAUUUUUAAGUUAUUUGUAAAGCACUUAGAAGUUUGGUCAAAGAUAGGAAAAAACAAUCAACUGCCACAACCAGGUCAAUCAGCACAUAUCAGCUGUCUGAAUUACCCCUUUGUAAAAAAAACAAAAAAAAUGAGGGGCAUCUGUCGUUACUUUUUCAUUUAAUAUUAAACACACCAAACUUUCCCUCAUUUCCCUGAUACUACUGCAACAAAGAUGUCAUAAUCGAAUGACUAAGCAAUGCCUGUACUACUAAACAGAUACUAAAACAUGAAACACAGGGUAGGAUCCUCUAGUCAUGGUUCAUAGAGACCUUUCUCCACACCGUGUGUUAUCAAACUAAGCCAGAGGUUCUGUUGCAUGUACAGCCAAAUACAGUUCACUUCUCUGCCACCCUGAUGCCAUAACUGAGUUGGGGAGCAGGAAGAAAUAGACUAGAGGUUUUGGGGUUGUUUUUUUUUUCAAUACUAAGAAUAAUAAGAUACUGUUGUUUUUGUUUACUUUUAAAGCUCAUUGGAUGAAAAACUGUUUUCCUAUAUUAUAAAAACUUUAAUACUUUGAAAUGAAAAAUCUGAAAUAAAAUUAAACCUUUUCUUAAAGUGCACGUCAAAUUGGCUGGAUUUGGAUCUAACACUUUGCCUCCAAAUGAUGUUUAGAAGGAACAGCCUCUCUUUGAAGGAGUUUCAAUGAUAUUUGGGGGUGAAGCUGAUAUCAUAGAUGAAAUAUUACUGAUAAAGAAUAUUUUUCCAUUUUGGACAAAUCUGUAAACUACAUCUUUGUUUAUAGGAAAAUGCUUAUAAUAGUCACUGUAAUAUUCAGCUGUGGAUAAAAAUUUGUGGAAAUAAAUACUUUUGAAUAAA